CUUUCCACUCCCAAACAAGCUUACACAAAAACCGCAAUUGUAAUUAAUUGCUCUGUUUCUGUUUCUCUUAUGUACGUUUCUCACUCACUCUAGUCUCUGCUCCUCAUAUUUUCCGGGGCUUAGUUUAAUUGGUGGGUAUGUCAAAGAGCAAGGAAGUGAGGUUGAUUGGGGCUUGGCCAAGCCCAUUUGUGAUUAGAGCAAGGAUAGCCCUCAACAUCAAAUCUGUAGAGUAUGAGUUUCUUCAAGAGACUUUUGGAUCUAAGAGUGAGCUUCUCCUCAAAUCAAAUCCUGUGCACAAGAAAAUCCCAGUUCUACUUCACCAAGACAAACCCAUAUGCGAGUCUCUCAUAAUUGUGCAGUACAUUGAUGAGGUCUGGUCCUCUGGCCCCUCAAUUCUCCCCUCUGAUCCCUAUGACCGCGCCCUCGCUCGCUUCUGGGCCGCUUAUGUCGAUGAAAAGUUGUUUCCUUCGAUGAGAGGGAUUUCAACGGCACAAGGAGAGGAGGCGAAGAAGGCGGCGAUCGAGCUAUUCAAAGAUGUUGUGGUGGUUAUGGAGGAUGCAUUUGGGAAGUGCGGGAAAGGGAAGGUCUUUUUUGGAGGAGAAGAAAUUGGGUUGGUGGACAUAGCAUUUGGGAGCAUGUUGGGGUGGUUGAGAGUGACUGAGAACAUGAAUGGUGUGAAGGUUUUUGAUGAAACCACAACUCCUAAACUUUUGGGAUGGGUUGAGAGGUUUUCUGCUGCUGAUGCUGUCAAGGAUGUUAUGCCUGAGACAGAGAAGCUGAUGGAGUUCGCCAAGUUACUUCAGGCCAAGAUGAGAGAUGCUGCUGCUGCUGCUGCUACUCCUAAGUAGGCAUGUAUGAAUGUAAAUGCCACCUUGUUGAAUUAAGUUGUUGGGGGGUAGGCAAUGAAUAAGGAAACAACUUUAAUGAACAUUUAUUGUUCUUAUCUUUCCUUCUAUGUUAUAGCUUAAUUUGGUU